AUGAACGUCGUCUGGUUCCGCGACAGUCCGGUGUUUCUUUUACGCAGCGGCAAUGAAACGUUGUCACAUCAAUCAUUGGUCGCCUAUUGUGGGCCGGAUGCUGGUCGUUAUGAAAUGGAACGGGUAAUGGACGAAGUGAAAACCUACAACACAAAUAUCGAUAUUGUAUGGGACAGAACAGCUCGUCGCGCAUUAAUGCUCUCCGUAACACUCAACGUCGUCGUGUCCUUUAGUGGUAUUUUGGCUGUUUCGUUCUUUGGUACAUUUCUAUUGCAAUCGAUCGGUUUUACUGAACACUCAGCACCAUUGGCUAAUUGUUUAUCCGGUCUUUCUGGUACGUUGGGUGCCACUGUGAGUACAUUCGCUAUAGAUCGGAUUGGUCGCCGUGCAUUAGUGUUGGGUUCGUUGCUGCUUUUGGCAGGGGUGAAUACUUUAAUGAUGAUCCUCGUCUAUUGUUUUGAUGCAACCAAACAAUCGUGGAUUGGAUGGUGUUUCUUGCUACUAUUCAUCGCCUUUUUAUUUCUUUUUAGCCAUUUGCCCGAAACAAAAGGACGUACGACCACGGAGAUCACAGCGAUGCUUAAUGGCAACACAUUGAAGUAG